GCUCAGUCGGUGGGGAGUCCCUGUAACUCUCCGUUCUCGCCGGUAGUCGCUGCAGAGUACGCGCUCGGUUUUUAAGGUCGUCAUCAUGGCUGGCUACGAAUAUGUGAGCCCGGAGCAGUUGGCUGGCUUUGAUAAGUACAAGUACAGUGCUGUGGAUACCAGCCCACUUUCUUUAUAUGUCAUGCACCCAUUCUGGAACACUCUAGUAAAGGUGUUUCCUACUUGGCUGGCUCCAAAUCUGAUCACCUUUUCUGGCUUUCUACUGGUUGUAUUCAAUUUUCUACUUAUGGCAUACUUUGAUCCUGACUUUUAUGCUUCAGCACCAGGGCACAAGCACGUCCCUGACUGGGUUUGGAUUUUAGUGGGCAUCCUCAACUUCGUAGCAUACACACUAGAUGGUGUGGAUGGGAAGCAAGCGCGUAGAACCAAUUCCAGCACCCCAUUAGGGGAGCUGUUCGACCAUGGCUUGGAUAGCUGGUCAUGUGUUUACUUUGUUGUCACUGUGUACUCCAUCUUCGGACGAGGAUCCACUGGCGUCAGUGUUUUUGUUCUUUAUCUCCUGCUGUGGGUAGUUUUGUUUUCCUUCAUCCUGUCACACUGGGAAAAGUAUAACACAGGGAUUCUUUUCCUGCCUUGGGGCUAUGACGUUAGCCAGGUGACUAUUUCUCUUGUCUACAUAGUGACUGCGGUUGUGGGAGUGGAGGCCUGGUAUGAACCUGUCCUGUUUAAUUUCUUAUAUAGAGACCUAUUCACUGCAAUGAUUGUUGGUUGUGCAUUAUGUGUGACUCUUCCAAUGAGUUUAUCUAACUUUUUCAGAAGCUAUAAAAAUAACACCUUGAAAUACAAUUCAUUCUCUGAAGUCAUGGUUCCCUUCCUUUCUCCAUGUUUGCUCUUCAUUUUGUGUACAGCGUGGAUCCUCUGCUCACCGUCACAUAUUUUAGAAAUCCACCCGAGAGUGUUCUACUUUAUGGUUGGAACAGCCUUUGCCAAUAUCACUUGCCAGCUGAUUGUUUGCCAGAUGAGUAGUACUCGCUGCCCCGCCUUGAACUGGUUGCUUGCCCCGCUGUUCCUGGUGGUCGUCCUGGUGCAAUUCGGGGUAGACCCUUAUAUCGAGAGCGUUCUCCUGUAUACGUUAACAACUGUUUUUGUGCUGGCUCAUGUCCAUUAUGGAGUGCACGUGGUAAAACAACUGAGCAACCAUUUUCAGAUUUAUCCCUUCUCGUUGAGGAAACCGAACUCAGAUUGACUAGGAAUAGAAGACGACAAAAUUGGCCUGUAA